GAUUGUUUUCAGGCUACGAGUACAGUCACGCACGGUAGGUAAAAGAAUCCAUUUAUAUUCAGGACACGUGUUGGGGUAGUUAGUUUUUUAUAAGUGUUUCCGUAUGGAAAGUGGAUGGCUGUUGAAGAAAAGGAAGAUUUCAAGGGACAAAGGAAAAGAGGAGUUAAAGAUGUUUCAGAAGUACAUGAAAGAAGAUCAGAAAAUUGGAUGGAUCCAAUUCCUCCUAAUGUUACAGUAGAUGAUUUAUGGUUCUAUCGAAAGGGACGAAACAUUGGUUUGCUGAAAGAUAAUUUGAAGGUCCAAGAAGGUUCAUUCAAGCAUUUGAAGUCGGAGUAUAGAAGGAGAUUUAAAAACUUUUAUGAAGCUCUCAAAUCGUCCUUAAAUGGUAAGGACCUUUUGGAUAUCGAAAAAAUCAUACCAGAAGCAUCAUUAAAAUUAGAGGGGGCACAAGAACAUCAAUCAGAAUACAAUGAAUCUUUUGGUAGCCGUAUUUUACAAAGAGCGAAUGCCCUUUCAGAAGAAUUACUUAAAGAUGUUUCUGAUUAUGAAGCCAUCAACAGAGAAAAUCAAAUUGAAAAUAUUCCACGAAUUACAGUAAUUGGAUCACCUGGACGUCAUUUAAAUAGAAGACCAACCAACUUAAAACUCGAAGGAGACUUCUACCAUUUAACCGAACACGCUGAAAAAUUUAUUGAAUAUCUCUUAGUUAAGAGAGCAGAAUUAUGCAGGACACCUACAACUUUAAAAUUAGGAACAGGAGAGAUGGAAACAAAGACUGAAACUACCGACCAAUUCAUAAAAUAUGAUAAAAUGGAAAGACCUAGUUUAUGUAGAAAAUUUACCAAUUUACAUUUAGAAGGUGAUUUGGACAUUAAAACUGAGAAACAAGAAAAAUUUGUUCCGUUUGAUGUUAAACCUCGUCCUCCUCUAAAGAAGAAAUCUACCAACCUUCAUUUGGAAGGAGAUCACUCAUUAAUCCCUGAGUAUAGGCAUCAAUAUGUUCAAUACCAGAACCCAGUACGUUCUGGACCAAUACUGCCAUUACACAAUUUAAAAUCUGCACGACUGUUCGAAGAUAACUCUAACGAAGAUGCAACUUUUGGAAGAAGAACUCCUUUAAUACCUUUUUUACGAGAAUCAUACAGCCACCAUGAUUUAGAAGACAAACAAUACAGAAGAAGUAAUUCAUUUAGCAGAAGUCAGAGUAACGUGUCUUUGAAUAGAACGUCGUCACAUCCCAAUUUGGUUAAAUCGGCUAUAAGUGAUGAGAGAAAGAGAAUAUCUAAAACUCCGCAGAAAAAUGCUUAUUUAGAUUUUGAUCGUAGUCAAAAUAUGAGUUUAGAUAGAAAACGAACAAAGAAAGGAUCGACUGUUGUUAAUUCAGUUGGAGAUGGUAAAUUUUUUGGAGAACCUGAGUACCGAAGUGCCUUUACUGAUUUUCCAAGAGAACGACCACGUGUUAGAAGACCUCAAAGUAACUUUACCAAUGAGGGAAAGGUUAAUUAUCUAACAGAAAACGAAGAAAAAUAUAAAGAGUAUAAACCUAUAGAAAAAACGCAAUUCAAUAGAAGAAAAUCAGGUCAAAUUUUUGACGAUCCUUUCGACAAACAAAUAGAUGGAGAUCCGGCGUUUGAUGGUCCAUUCGAAUGUCAACCGGAAUAUAGGAAGGCAUACAUUGAUUAUUUAGUUCGAGAGAAACCUCCUCAGGGACAAAGGAGGAGAAUUUUGGAAAUUCCUAAUAUAAAUAUUAAUGAUGAAACUGUAAUUGACAUUGAAACUUCUAACCCAAAUGACAAUAUAAAACAAACGGAAACUACCUCAAAAGAAGAAAGACCAAAAUCGUCAAAGCAAAAGCCAAGUUCUUCUUCUUCAAGCGUGCCUUCUUCUCCCAAAAUCCUUUCUUCUUCACCUAAAAUUCUUUUCUGUUCUCCCAAAAUUAUUUCUCCUAGUGGGUCCAAAAAGAUAACACCCAAAGAAGACACUGAUAAGAGACAACGCGUUUUUCCAAGAUCUCUGACUCCUUCACCUGUACCACCGGAGAAACCCAAGACUCCCUCUCCUAGAUUCAAAGGAAAUUGGAGAAGGCAUCAGUUUAGGGAAUCCGUUGUAACAGGAACAAACAAGGGGACUACUUGGAAUUCAAUGGAGGCUGAUCCAGCCUUUUUUGUAUUGGAUGACAGGCAGCAGAGUAGGAGUAGCAUAAGAAAUGACUUGUAUAAGGAACAAAGGUGGAUGCCUGCGUGGUAUAAUGGAGAACAAUAGUCAAGUAAAUAUUAGGAUGUUUUAAAAAUGCUCUUUGUUUUUAUCUACCUUUGGUCUAUGUUGUUAAAAUAAGCAGGUCAUAUAAAAGGUAUUUUUUUAUCUGAGAUGUGUAAAGAUUACAGUAAAAACGCCUGCAUUUGUUUUAUUUAAGCGGUUUCUUUUUUUUUUUUUUCAAAAUAUCAAAUGUAUGCAUUUUACAGCUAAUCGUCUUCAAAAUCAAUGAGUAUAUUUGCCAAACAUUGAUGACAUAGGCAAAAACCUUUAAGUUCUGAUUGCUUUAGGUGGAAUAAAAAAAAUUGUGUUCAAUUAAAAAAAAAACAAAUUAAACGUCUAUUUUAGAAGCUUAUUUAUAUACACCGCUACUGUCUUGGGAAAUAAAUUUAUUUUAUGCCACUUUACAAUUGACAUGUUAAAUUAAUAAAACGAAAUCCUAAGGGUGGAUAUAAACAUGGCGGUUUCACAUUGUAGAACUUUUGUUACACCCUGUAUGUACCUUUUUCGAACAACUUUUUUGUUAAAUUUUUUUUAUGGAAGGAACAAUGGACAAUCAACGAUUUUUGUUAGAAAAUAAAAUAAAUCUAUUCGUUAUUUAUUGCUUGUUUUUUUUUAAGGCAAUUUUAACGUAUUCCUAGACAUUUGCGAUGUGUGUAUAAAGUUG